UUUUCCGUUGCGUGACGUCACAGAGAGCGAAGCCACACUUCCUCGAGCUUGUAGGAGGAGCCGCUCUCGAGACGGGAGAGCGCCGCGUAAAAAAAAAAAAGUCAGUCACAGAAAUUACGAUUAAAAAAGACAUAUAAACAUGAAUAGCUGUUUUAUUUAUUUUUAAAUUUACAAAUAACAAACUAAAUAAAGAUACGACGACAGGGGGGGGGGGCGUGUAAAAUAAAAAAAAAUAGGACAAAGUUUGGGGCCGAGUCAGGCGGCGGCGGCGGUGGAGGAGAAAGGUGUUUUUUUUUUUUCAUUUUUAAAUUUUUAAAACGGUUAUUUUUGAGAGAAGAUUUUUUUUUUUUGGUGGAGGCGGUUGUCAAAGACCCUCUCUCUCUGUUUUUUUUUAAUUUGUAUCGAGUGGAAAUACAGAAGGAAAGUACAUUUUCAGAAGACUCGAGUAUGUCGGCUCAGGCGCAAAUGAGAGCCAUGCUCGACCAAUUGAUGGGGACGUCGAGAGACGGAGACAGCACUCGACAGAGGAUCAAGUUCAUGGAUGACAGAGUGUGCAAGUCCCACCUGCUGGACUGCUGCCCUCACGACAUCCUGUCAGGAACAAGGAUGGAUUUGGGGGAGUGUAACAGGAUUCAUGACCUGGCUCUCCGUGCUGACUUUGAGAUCGCCUCCAAGCAUCAGGAAUACUUCUUCGAACUGGACGCUACAGAUCACCUCCAGUCCUUCAUUGCUGACUGCGAUCGCAGGACAGAGUUGGCCAAGAAGAGGCUCGCAGACACACAGGAGGAGAUUAACGCAGAAGUGGCAGCCAAGGCGGAGCGGGUCCACGAGCUGAAUGAAGAGAUUGGGAAGAUGCUGGCUCAGACCGAGCAGCUGGGAGCCGAGGGGAACGUGGAGGAAUCGCAGAGGCUGCUGGGAGAGGUGGAGAUAACCAGAGGCUUGAAGAGAGAGGCUGAGGUGAGAGAGAGAGAGAGAGAGAGAGAUCACGCACAGGGACGGAGAAGGGGGGGGGG